AGCAUGUCGUCCACCUCCAGCCUCAACAGCAUGCAGCGCCUGGUGGAGCAGCUGAAAGCGGAGGCCGGCGUCGAAAGGAUCCGGGUCUCUCAGGCAGCGGCGGAGCUUCAGCAAUACUGUAUGCAGAAUGCCUGCAAAGAUGCGUUGCUGGUUGGAGUCCCCGCAGGAAGCAAUCCGUUUCGGGAGCCCAGGUCCUGCGCAUUGCUCUGAAGACAGG